AUGUCGGAAGCAUAUGCAGGAAAGUCGGAUCAGCAGAUCAUCGACGAACAGUUCCGUGACCUGGAUCACAAGUCGGACAGCCGUCUCAAAGACUCCUUCAACCCCAAGACGACCGUCACCUCGGAAGAGUCGGGCGUCAACGAGUCUGGCCUCGAAGGCUUCCCUGGUGCCGCUGUCAGCGUAGGUCGCACUGGCCAGACUGGCGGCGGCACCAACCCUCAGAACAUUCCUCCCGAGGAAGGCGGAGACGACCGAUCGCAGCGUACUGGCGAGUCGAGCAUCCGCUUCGAGGGCACCGGCGGUCCCGAGGACAAGAAGUUCGAGGCUCUACGCGACAACCCUGGAGGAUUUGAUGCCAAGCCUCGAGGCAUCGAUGAGACGCGUCAGCCUCAGCUCAACGAGCCUGUGCCCCAGACCGAGCCACAGCGUCUUGAGGCUGACCAGGAGGGCACUGCUCGAAGCCAUGUCAUCAACUCGUAG